AUGAAGACGGAUUUUAAGUUUUCCAAUCUCCUCGGGACCGUCUAUCGCAAAGGGAAUCUCUUGUUCACUCCCGACGGCUCAUGUUUGCUUUCUCCAGUUGGGAACCGAGUCUCUGUCUUCGACCUGGUCCAAAAUACAUCAUAUACCCUCCCCUUCGCACACCGGACCAAUAUUGCUCGAAUCGAUCUAUCUCCCAGAGGCAACCUCCUGCUCUCAAUUGACGAGAAUGGCAAGGCUAUAUUGACUAAUUUCCCUCGCCGGUUAGCGAUCCAUCACUUCACGUUCAAGACUGCAGUGUCUGCCCUGUCCUUCUCGCCAUCUGGUCGUCAUUUUGCGGUGGGGGUUGGCCGGAGGCUUCAGAUAUGGCGCACGCCUUCUACCCCGGGAGCUGAGGGCAAUGGAGAGCUAGAGUUCGCCCCUUUUGUGCUUCACCGGGAUCUCGCAGGGCAUUUCGACACGAUACAGAAUAUCCAUUGGUCCAGUGACUCAAGAUUCCUGCUGACUGCAUCCAAAGAUCUAACCGCAAGGAUAUGGAGCGUAGACCCGGAGGAAGGGUUUGAACCUACAACUCUAGCUGGGCACCGAGAUGGUGUCAUUAACGCCUGGUUCUCCCACGACCAGGAAUCUAUCUAUACCAUUAGCAAGGAUGGCGCGCUGUUCCGCUGGGGCUAUGUGUCUAAAAGGCUCGAGAACGGUGCUAUAUCCGACGAACGAUGGAGAAUCGUCAAGAAAGAUUACUUCAUGCAGAGCGGCGCCAAAAUAAACUGUGCUGCUUUCCACGCAAAAGCUAAUAUCCUGGUUGUCGGAUUUUCGAACGGGAUAUUUGGUCUAUGGGAAAUGCCAGACUUCAGCCAGCUUCAUCUAUUAAGUGUUUCUCAAAGUAACAUCGAUUGUGUCACCAUCAACAGCUCUAGCGAAUGGCUGGCAUUUGGCUCAUCAAAACUGGGUCAGCUACUAGUAUGGGAAUGGCAGUCGGAGUCUUAUAUCCUAAAGCAACAAGGGCACCUUGAUUCAAUGAACGCCCUGGUCUAUUCCCCCGAUGGGCGAAAGAUAGUCACCGCUGCUGAUGAUGGCAAGAUAAAAGUCUGGGAUAUCAAUACUGGAUUCUGUAUUGUCACUUUUACCGAGCACAAGGGUGGUGUCACAGCUUGUGAAUUUACAAAACGUGGAAAUGUUCUUUUCACAGCAUCCUUAGAUGGUUCAGUACGAGCAUGGGACCUUGUGCGGUAUCGAAACUUCAAAACUUUCACAGCUCCAUCUAGAUUGUCCUUUUCCUCUCUAGCAGUUGACCCAAGUGGUGAAGUGGUAUGCGCUGGCUCCCUGGACUCUUUCGAUAUCCACAUUUGGUCUGUACAAACAGGUCAACUUCUAGAUCAGUUAUCAGGCCACCAGGGGCCAGUUUCGUCUUUAUCCUUCUCUGGAGAUGGAAGCCAUGUUGUCAGCGCCAGCUGGGACCGCACAGUUAGGAUAUGGAGCGUAUUUGGGAGGAGCCAGACGAGUGAGCCUCUACAGCUGCAAUCAGAUGUACUCUGUGUGGCUUUUAGACCAGAUGGAAAACAGAUUGCCGCUUCUACGCUUGAUGGUCAACUAACCUUCUGGUCUGUCGAAGACGCUGUCCAGCAAUCAGGCAUCGAUGGUCGUCGUGACGUGUCUGGAGGGAGAAAGGUAACAGACAGACGCACUGCUGCAAAUUCUGCGGGCACCAAGUCCUUUGCAACAAUAACGUAUAGUGGCGACGGUUCAUGCCUCUUAGCCGCUGGGAACAGCAAAUAUAUCUGCCUAUACGAUGUUGGUACAAGCUCGUUAAUUAGGAAGUUUACAGUCUCCGUCAACACAUCCCUAGAUGGAACUCAGGAGUUCCUUAACAGUCGGAAUAUGACCGAAGCUGGACCUCAGGGACUAAUCGACGAAACUGGUGAAGCCUCCGACAUUGAAGAUCGAAAAGACAAAACUCUUCCAGGCGCCCGUCGUGGAGACGAUGGAGCUAGAACAACCCGCCCUGAAGUCCGCGUCACAUCUGUGUCGUUCUCGCCAACAGGAAGAUCAUUUUGUGCCGCUUCAACAGAGGGCCUAUUAAUAUAUAGCCUCGAUAAUGACAUGGUCUUCGAUCCCUUCGACCUCGAUAUCUCUAUCACACCAGAUAGUAUACUCGCCACAGUUGCAGCUGCUAAAAAAGCUGCUUCGUCUCAAAUAUCCAAGAAUACUCCUUCAUCAGACUCCACAUCAUCUGAUUCCUCAUUCCUUAAAGCCAUCGUAAUGGCGUUCCGUCUCAAUGAAUCCGAACUCAUACGAACAGUCUACGAAUCCAUACCCCCCUCUGAAAUCCCCCACAUUGUCCGCCUAAUACCUACGGUAUACGUAAUUCGCCUCCUCCGCUUCGUUGCUAAUGCAGCAGACGAAACACCACAUUUGGAAUUUAACCUGCUUUGGAUACAGGCCCUGCUUAGCAUACGAGGUCGGUAUCUCAAGGAUAACGCUGCAUCAUUUGCAGCGGAGCUACGGUCCGUUCAGAGAGCGAUUGACGGCAUUCGAAAUGAUUUGAAGAGACUUGCAGACAAGAACUUAUAUGCUUUGGAAUACUUCCUUUCAAAACCCACAAAUGCGCCGGGAGCUAAGAAAAUCACCUCUGAUGAAUCAAAUAAGAUGCUUCUAGAGGACUCGAAGAAAAACGAAGAUUCCAAAAUGGAGCAGGAUGGCGAGGAAGCCCAUGCGAGCGAUGGGGAUUGGAUUGGAUUGGAAGAUUAA